AUGAUGGACUCGGUGCCGCCGCCGGUUUCGUCGGGGUCGAAGACCGGGUUGCAACCACAGCAGGGGGUACCGUACGACCUUGAGAGCGGCUUCGAACCACAGACGAGAGCACGGUCGCACACGUGGCCGCUGCCAAGACCGGAGGAAUACAUCGAGGGAAACGUGGUGCCGAGCGUAUCGGCUAGCAAAGAGGGCGUCGAAGGCGUCGAAAGUGGCACGCCGCCUCAGCAUGGCUCUCUCGGCCAAGGUACCGGCUUGCUUCCGGUCAAGAAGAAUUCCUCCCGGCGGAACGCCUGGGGAAAUCACAGUUAUGCCGAUCUCAUUACUCAGGCCAUUACCAGCGCCCCCGACGAACGGUUGACUCUCUCGCAGAUCUACGAGUGGAUGAUGCAGAAUAUCCCGUACUUCAGGGAAAAAGGAGAGAGCAACAGCAGCGCUGGUUGGAAGGUUAGUGUCACCACUUACAAUUAUAGUCUGUCUCGCUCUCUCGGAAAAGUCAACUCCGCAAUCGCUCGUCUACGAUUACUCCGUAAAUUGAGAAAAAUGAAUUGCUUUUGAACGUGAUCGUGGAGAACACGUCUUUCCGUUGUUUGUAUCGUUUACUUGCGAUAAAUGAAACUUACAGUACUUGGCUAUUAAUGGCGCGCUUGUGAAAUAA